ACAUUUCACAAAGUUUUGUGCUUUUCCUCUUUCUUCUCCCUCUUAGGUAGUGAGAUGACUUUCUUUUUAAAACAACAGAUAUUUUAUUAACAAGUCAAGUAACCCUUAGCACAAAGGCUGUGCUAAGAGGAAACCAGUGUUACAGGACACCCAAAAAAGGAACCUUAGUCCUGAAACUAGUUACAAAGACACCAACACGUGUUGCAGCUUAAUCUACAUCUUCUACUAUUGCCUCUUUGCACCAAAAAUAUACAAUUCAUAAUGAUCCUUUGUUCAGAGUUUGCUGUCCCUUCAAAGCAUCUUGAGUUUUUUUCCUUCCAAAUUAUCCACCAAAUGCAUGCAGGGGCCAUAUUCCACUAAGUCUUCUUCCUCAAUAAGUUGGCUGGGUCAUUCCUGCUUACUAUCAUUUCAGCAGUUGUCGUAGGCAUAAUCCAGUUUAGACCUUUCAAACUCAUGAACAGCUGCCACAACUUGCUGGCAGUUGUAUGAUGGAGAAACAAGUGGCUGUUUGUUUCCAUCUCUCUCUCUCUCACACACAUAAAACACCUAGAGCACAGUUAUAUUCCACCUUUCACCGAGCUGUGACGUGUCAAGACUGUCUCCUUCACAACUAACCAGCAUAAGCAAGCCACUUCGGAUGAGAUGUUCACCUUCCAGAUGUGCUUCCAGUUCCAAGGCACAUUGUGCUGUGUUUCAGACCUGUUUAAAUAGCAUAAGUUGUUCAUUGAGGAAACUCCUCUGCUGUCUCUGUACCAGAUAGACUGUCCUCCUGUUCAAGAGUGCCUUUGAAACUUCUGAGAAGUCUUGAGAGCUCAUCCGCUCUAGCAACCUCCCAUUUAUUCAGAAGUCUUCUAAACGUUGCUGCCUUGGCUCCAAAUAUUCCUGCAAUGUAUGAGCUGCACUUUGGGGUACCGAUGGCUGGGGCAGUUCUUUGUGCACUUAAUACCCGUCAUGAUUCAGCAAUGGUCUCAGUAUUACUUAGACAUUCAGAGGCCAAAAUUAUAUUAGUAGAUCACCAGUUGCUCGAUAUUGCUAAGGGUGCACUAGAAAUUCUGUCAAAGGCAGUUGCCAGGUUGCCCCAUCUAAUUUUGAUCUCUGAUAAAGAGUCUCAGUUAUUCAGGACUAAUAGCUUGGGGACAGAAAUUCUAGAGUAUGAGUCAUUUUUAGCUACUGGAGAACCUACUUUUGAGGUAGUAUGGCCAAAGGAUGAAUGGGAUGCUAUUGCUCUAAAUUAUACUUCUGGGACAACAUCGAGACCCAAAGGGGUCAUUUAUAGUCACAGAGGGGCAUAUCUUAAUUCUCUGUCUGCAGCUCUUCUCGCUGAAAUGUCUUCGAUGCCUGUCUAUUUAUGGACUCUUCCCAUGUUUCAUUGCAAUGGGUGGUGUCUUACUUGGGCUGUGGCGGCACAGGGUGGCACGAACAUUUGCCUGAGAAGUGUCACUGAGGAAGGGGUUUUCAACAGCAUAGUUCAGUACCAAGUGACUAACAUGGCUGGUGCACCUACGGUUUUGAACAUGAUAAUAAAUGCACCACGGAGUGUCCAAAGACCACUUCCAAGGACAGUCAACAUUAUGACAGGUGGUGCACCACCACCUCCUUAUGUUCUACUUAAGAUGAAAGAGCUCAAUUUUAAUGUUAAUCACGGAUAUGGUCUAACGGAAACCUAUGGUCCAGCAACUUUUUGCGCUUGGAAACCAGAGUGGAACUCUCUGUCACCUGAUGAGCAGGCUAAGAUUCAUGCUCGUCAAGGAGUGAACCAUAUUGGCUUGGAGGAAGUUGGCGUUAAAGAUCCUGAAUCAAUGAAGGGUGUACCCUCUGAUGCAAAAACAAUGGGUGAGGUGAUGAUUAGAGGAAACACUGUAAUGAAUGGUUACUUAAAGGAUCUCAAAGCCACAGAAGAUGCUUUUAAAGGUGGCUGGUUUCGUAGCGGGGACUUGGCAGUGAAACAUCCUGAUGGUUACAUAGAAUUAAAGGAUCGUUCGAAGGACAUCAUUAUCUCUGGUGGAGAAAACAUUAGCACAAUCGAAGUGGAGUCCGUAAUCUUUAGCCAUCCAGCUGUUCUUGAAGCUGCUGUAGUGGGAAAACCAGAUAAUCACUGGGGUGAAACACCUUGUGCAUUUGUUAAACUAAAAGAUGGAUGCAAUGCCAGUGCCGAUGAGAUUAUCAAGCAUUGUCGUGAUCGUUUGCCGCAUUACAUGGCUCCUAAGACAGUAAUUUUCGACGAUUUGCCAAAAACUUCAACAGGAAAGACUCAAAAAUUUGUUCUGAGACAGAGAGUCAAAGCCAUGGGAAGUAUUCCGAAAGCUAGCAAACUCUAAAGAAUUGGGAUGUUGAAAUUGGCAAAAAUACAAUUUACUUAUUACCUUUCCUAUUAUUUACGUUAUUUGCUGACUGCACUAUUCUGGAUUGGGUUUCUUUAUGCAAAUCUAUGGUCCAAAUAAACAGUUUACAUCUUGCAUAAUCCUACAAUGAUUUAUAUCUGGACUAGCUUA